AUGGGCUACUUGAUUUCUUUUUUUAAAUACAUGUUGGAAUAUUUUAAGACUGUGCUUGAAUCUGGGAGUGUGGGGAACGCGUCGUCGUCUGAUGAAGAACUGGAGCAGUGGGAACAAAUAUUCAUGAUGAGAGAUGAAAAUGGAAAUAGUUAUAAUGACAAAAGAAAAAAAAGAAGUAUAUGGUGUCGUCCCUCAUGCAUCCCAGUGUCAAUAGUUAUAGUUUUAAUAGUUUUGGUAGUGUUGGUACCACUGCUUGACCAACCUAACAUAGUGCAGAUGAACGCUACCAUAGCUGCUGUUUCUUUACAUUGCUCAGAUGAGUGUAGGUUAUCAUUAGUUGAAAGUAUACCAGAGGGUCAUAUGUACCCUCCAAAUGUAACGCAUUUACCUACGAAAAAUGUGUGGUUAGACUUAAUAGAUGAAGCUCAAACGAAGAUAGAAAUAGCAUCAUUUUAUUGGUCUCUUAGAUAUAAUGAAGAAUAUCCUUACAACUCCUCUAUAGAGGGUGAGCAAGUGUUCCAAGCUUUAUAUGCUGCCGGUUCAAAGAGAAAUAUAGAUUUAAAAAUUGCUCAAAAUUGGCCUAGUAAACAGUUUCCUAAUGUAGAUACAGAAUAUUUAGUUAAGAAGAAAGCUGCACAGGUGCGGAGUUUAAACUUUUCAAAAUUACUUGGGAAUGGUAUAUUACACACCAAGUUCUGGAUCAUAGAUAGAAAACACUUUUAUAUUGGCAGUGCCAACAUGGACUGGAGGGCGCUGACACAGGUCAAGGAGCUGGGUAUAGUCGCGUUCAAUUGUUCCUGUCUAGCAGACGACCUGGGGAAAGUCUUUGAUGUAUACUGGAGCCUUGGUACACCAGACGCAGUGGUGCCCGACAGCUGGCCUGCAGAGCUCAACACAGACAUCAAUAUGGAACAUCCGAUCAACAUAUCAGACGCUCAACAUAGUUACGGCGCCUAUAUAACUAGUUCCCCACCUCCACUGAGUCCUGUUGGCCGUACUAACGAUGGCCAGGCCAUCGUCUCCAUCAUAGAGUCGGCUGAAGAGUUCGUAUACAUCUCAGUAAUGGAUUACGAGCCUAUGUGUGUAUUCACGCACAAGCUUACAUUCUGGCCCGUCAUUGACGAUGCGAUCCGAAAGGCCGCUCUCGAGAACAAAGUGAAGGUAAAACUGCUAAUCAGCUGGUGGAAGCACUCCGCUCCUUCUGAAGACUACUUCUUGAGGUCACUGACCGACCUGUCGCAAGCGUACCCGAGAGUCGACAUACAAGUGAAACGCUUCGUAGUCCCUUCGACGCCAGAACAAGAUAAGAUCCCAUACGCUCGCGUCAACCACAACAAAUACAUGGUGACAGACCGGACAGCUUACAUCGGUACUUCUAACUGGUCCGGAGAUUACUUCACGACUACUGCGGGCGUCGCCUUCGUGUUCCAAGACCAAGCUGAUGGACUAUCACAGAACAUGACUAAAGACAUAAGGAAAGAUCUUCAAGAAGUCUUCGAAAGAGACUGGAACUCUCCAUAUGCAGUUCCACUCAGGCGAUUAUAG